GUCAGUGGCAUGAGUCUCAUAUAACAGAGUGUUGGAGGGUGCAGAUUCAGCCUAAUCUGAGCUUCCUAUCGCAGUUAAAUCAACGUGAAAGAGUAUGUUGCUUCGUAUGUUGAAGGAAGGACAACGAGAAUUAUUGUAACACCCUCCUACCACGAGCAUUCUCUAGUACUCCUCAGAAUUUAUUAUGCUUUUACGACCUUUUCGUAAUAUUCUUACAGGAUAUUACUAUAAUUUUCCACUCGAUAGAACGCCUAUAACUUGGAAACUUCUAAAGCGCUUCACAGGCGAUCUUGUGGCCGAGCUCGGUUCGUCCCAGGCUGAUCCGGGAGGGAGAGCGAUGGCCGAAUCUAACGCUAUCCCGGUCCAGGACGAGAAUAACUGCCCCAUCAAAGUGGAACACGAUCGCAAGAGGCGACAGUUUCAGGUCCGGUUGAACGGCUCCCAUGAACGAGCAGUGCUGCUGUACGAGUAUGUGGGAAAGAAAACAGUGGACCUGCAACACACGGAGGUUCCAGACGCCUACAGAGGGAGAGGAAUCGCCAAACUGAUGGCCAAGGCGGCCCUGGACUUUGUGGUUGAGGAGGACCUUCGGGCUCACCUGACGUGCUGGUACCUGCAGAAAUACAUCAAAGAGAAUCCGCUGCCACAUUACAUGGACCGGAUACAGCAGCGAGUUCCCACAGACUUUCACCUGCGUUAGACUCCCAGCCCUGGUCUCACAGGGCAACCUACUGUUACAGACUGGAUGCGUUGUGUGUGUGUGUGUGUGUGUGUGUAUGAGAGGGGGGUAUGUUCAUGUUAUGAUGCAAAAGUGUAUCAAGAGGGAAGGGAUGUGUGUGUGUGGGGGGGGGGGCGCGGAGGGGGUUAAGGGGGGGGAUUAUUUUGCUAACUUGAUCCAGGAUUGCUCUUUAUAAUGUGCACCAUUGGCCUGUCAACUGUGGACAAGAGGACAGUAACCUGACGUACGUAAGUACUCUGCGAUGCCAUUCCUGUAGGAUUGGCUUUCGAACCGUAGCCAUUACAGGAGGCUCUUUGCCUAUUGAUGCCAGUUACUCCACCCGAGACCAUCUCCUCUAAUUCUGAUUCUGGGUGGGAUGUCUAUCAGACAGAGCACCAAGCGAGCUCCCAGUGUUUAACAGGGAAGGAAAUAGGAGAUUCUUAGCAGGUACCAACAGCCCCUCCCAGAAAAGGUCUCUUGCUCGCUUUGUCGCCAGGAGUGUGGUCAAGGAUGACACGUCGACCUAUCACACCUCUGGGUCUUGGCUUCCAACUAAGGCCUGGAAGGAAUGAACCCUCCGGUCGUCUCUUAAGAGUUUGGAGCUGACCGCAAACACAUGGCUGUCACCCUCCCCCCUCUUCCCCACCCACGCCCUCUGUCACCCUGCCCUCCACCCACACACCCACCCCAUCCUGUCGCUCAACUCCCAUCCACCACCCCCCCAUUCCCAGGUUUUGAGGGCUAAAGGGUCACAACGGGAAAGUGGAAUUAGUAAAAACAGGGCCGCGUGGGAGAGGGAGGGAAAGAAAAGGCCAGAGAGGAGGAGAGAGCAGACCGAACAGCCUUCUACUGUACUGAAAGUUUGUAUGUUUACCACGUUUUGGCACAGAUGGAUGCCAGACCAUGGCUGGUGUGGCAAACGGUGAUUUCACCCUUGGUGCAGCAGGUGGCACUAUGUUGGAAGGCAGAGUGGGAGGACUCGCUCAGUGGUGCUUCAGAAUGGGUUCCGACUCCACUUGAGCUGGGAGUAAUGGCGCAAGAUGGAGUGGAUUGGGAUGGAGGCGGGAGGGGAGUGGGGGGCGCGGAGGGAAGGUUAGGUCACUCAAUCCACGACUUUGUGGGACCCUACUGUGUGCAAUUGACUGCCACGUUUCACCCACAAAAUACAUAAUCCACUUUACAGUAUAUUCUGUGAAGCGCUUUGAGACGUAUCAACGACGUGAUGAGGCGCUGUAUCAAAUGCAAAGGUUCUUAUUAUUAAUAUUAAUUGGACUAAACCUCCAAGUGAACAGAGCCAGGACGGCAGAACUUUACUGGAAUCUACCGCUUAAAUUCAGGAGUUAAUUUUCUCUGUUUUUCUCCCUUCCCCACCCCCAACCCGGUCCACUGCAGACAGCCUCGGGCAGUCUUGUCCCAUGUCUCUCUCUCUCUCUCCUGUUUUAGGGACUCUCUCUCUCUCUCCCCUCCCACCCCCUCACUUCCUCCCCUUCCAUUCUCGAGUCUCGGUGUAAACAGUUUCUGAGUGGUCUCUCAUAUCUUUAUCGAUCUUUUUAUGCACAAAAUGCGAUUGUUUGUUUUAGUCGGUAGUUUUUCUCUGUUGAUUUUAUUAAAAAAAGAAAGCAAUAAAUUUCUAGCAAACAGCGUUCACCCUGC